GGGCCUGCCAGGCCGCCGUUUGGGGCUGAAACCUUGUAGGCAGGAUGGCGUGUGUGGUUUUUUGUUUGAUUUUUGUUUGUUUUUUGGUUUUGUGCGUGUUUGAGCUGCACUGCUUCAGAAAAUAUUUUCCUUUAUUUUUCCCCCAAGUUUGUCCUAGUUUUAAGCAUAGAUGAGCCUAAAAACCUGUAUUAUUGAGAGUGGGUGACAGUGCAUGCAAAUAGUUCUUCCUGCAGGAGCAUUUUAAACAGUUCUUCCAAGUAAUAAAAAUAAGCGUAGCCAUUUUCACUUUAUUCUGCUUAAAUCAUCAAACAGAUUGGUCUCUGAGUCUCAGUUGCUCCAUACGACCUUGUGAUUUUCAACGUGCUUUUGGGGCCUGUCAGAGUAGAGUAAGAAAAGCAAUUUCACAUAAAUAGCAUAGCAGCUUUUUCAUAAUUUUGAAGAGAGGUGCCUCUGCACUAGAAAAUUUGUUCAGGUGAGCAAAGCAACAUAUUUUAGGUAGCCGUUUUGGGAAAAGAGAAUAACUUGUUUAAUCUGAUUUGUUAGGUAAGCUUCGUGAUGCACCUUCACAUAAUUGAUAGGGCCUCUGAACCUCAAUGUUCCUCUUAAACUCUUGUGCUAGUAAAGAAGAAAGGAAAGGGAAAAAGCGUUUAAAUUGUGAGCUGUGUGCUGUAAUUACUGGUGAUCUCAAAAUUCUCGCUGUUUUUGCCUAUCCCUUUGUUUCCACCUUCAAGUAGUUGUCUUGAUGUAGACUUUUAAGACCUUGUGUUUUUCAUGUAUCUAUCAUACAAAGUAUGAUGGUAACACCUAGAGAGUAAUAAAUAAUGGGAUUCCAAAAUCGCAAGGGUAGCGGUAGCAAGUGUGAUUUGCUGGUGGUGGAAAACAAUAAUAGACUAACAUAUCAUUUAAACAGUGGAUGCAAUUUGCUCUGAUUCUUACCUUAAUAAUCUCAAGGUGUGGCCUGUAAAGACUAUAAAUUUUCUUUUUCCAAUCCUGUAUCAAAACUUGAGUAAUCAAAGAUGUUUGCAUGAGGCUGGAGCUUUAGAUGUUGGGAUCUAUGUUUUCCCCAGGUCACACCUCUUCAUGAAAGAUGAAGACAAUUACAGGCUUCAGUUUGGUCUCUCCUGCAAUCUCCUAGACUGUUCAUAGCAAGUUACAUUCAUCAUAGAGGUACUAAGCCAGAUGAUCUACAAUUGGUAAUAUCCUUGUUAAGAAUGGAUGGGGAGGAUAAUCAGAAGAGAGACGAUGCUGAUGAGAGUUCACAAACUGUGUUAACAAAAGACUCUCUUAGAAAUGCAUCAGGAAAAAAUGCUGAAUGUGACUCUUCAUCUCAGCAGAAAACAAGGCCCAUAUCAGGUGAAGUGUUGGGGGACCUUGAAAAGAAAAGAGAAGAGGAUGACACAAAUGGAAGGGCAUUGUCAGAAUCUUCAAACUCUGUCACUGUUGAAGCAGAUAGACCUGAAAAUGUCUCCAGAAAAAGAAAGCUGAGUUCUUCAGAACACGUUAAAGAUAGUCAAAGGAAACUGCAGAAAGUCCAAGUUGGAGAAGCAGUUAGUAUAGUAGAUGGAGCUAUAAAGAAGGAUGGAGUCACCAGCUGUCUUGGUGAUGAUAUAUGUAAUUCAAAUUUGAUGUGCUCACGCUGUGAUUUCAAAUGUACUGAUGGUGCCAUAUUGAAGAUUCACUGGGAAAAUAAACAUUCACAAGAGGUUCCAGCUGCUGUUCCUGAAAAUAUACCUUCUUCAGAAGAAAUCAGUGUUAGCUAUCCUGUUGGAAACAUAGGCAAUGAUCUUAAAGGCAAAACGUGUGAUCAGCUUUUCCCCUCCUGCUCUGAUACAGGAAAAUGUAUAAGAGAAAGCCACUCUAAAGAACCCAAAGAGAAAACAUGCCCUCGCUGUAGCUGCACUGCAGAACAUAGCUCAGCAUUAUGCACGCACGUUAAAAAAGAUCACGAGCAAUCCAAGGUAUUUUGUUGUGAUCUUUGUGGUUUUCAGAGUGUUGAGGAAAAUCUCCUAAACUCUCACUUCCUUGGCAAGACACACCUUCGACGCCAAAACCUGGCUGCGCGGGGAGGAUUUGUACAGAUACUGACAAAAAAAUCCUUUAAUAAACAACAGUCUACUGCAGUCAGAGAGAGGAAUGUGAGAACAAAACCUGGGACCAGUAAAUUAAGGACAAGGACUGCUGAUAAAAGAGAACUAAGCAAUGUUUGCAGUACGCUGAAAGGUUCAAAAGUAAGCUUGUCUAAACAAAAUGAUGGCACUGAACUUGUUGAAAUGAUACCGUCUACAAAUGUUUGCACUGAAAAGCCAGCUACUGUGACAAAGGAAAUGCUGCUUUCUUCCAGUGUCGAAGAAAAUCAUGAAGUCCCUACUAGAAAGCUAGAAAUACCAGGACCCUCGGAAGGCAUCUUGCAUAAAUCGGAGCACCCUCCAACGACCAAAAAGCUAGUUAGCAGUUUAAACAUGACAAGGAGAUUUGAUAGACUAGAACAUAAAAGAAACAUUGUAUUGCUAAAGACUUCAUUUAGGCGAAGUAGUUCUUUUAGAUUAAAAAGGCAGGUUAGAAGAAGAUAUAAUUUGUUGGGUAGUAGUAAGAAAGGCAAGUCUGAUACUCAGAGAGUACACGUGAAGCCUAUCUCCAGCAUGCAGCUUAAAUCUGGCGAUGUAAGACCUACGUUGCAUACAGAAUUAGAAACACAUGAUAAAAAUCAACAUGAAGCGACUUCAGAAAUUCAAGUUCUUACUCAAGACAGGCCAAAUACAGUUUCUUCCAGCACUACAGACACUAAAGAUUCUCAAAUGAAACUUGCUGCUGAUUAUAAUGUUUGUCAUGCUUGCAGUCAUUGUGGUAAUGUUUUUCAGACCAGAAAAAGUUUGGAAGCUCAUGUUGUAAAGCUUCAUACAAAGAGGAUCCAGUUUCAUUGUCAGACAUGUAGUUAUUCCUGUGUAGUCAAGGAAGACAUGAAGCAACACUGUCAGGACAAGAAACAUCAGAUGGGAGGUUGCAGCUUUAAUUGCCAGCUUUGUUCAUUUACUUGCUUGAACGUGAUAAACCUUCAAAGUCAUAUGAGUGAAGAGCAUAAUAUGUCUCAUAGUUGUCCAACUUGCCUUCUCUUUUUUCUAACGGAAGAAGAGCUGGUAAAUCAUCAAAAAGAUGAAAAACACGAUCAGCAAGCUCCUCCACUGAGUAACAGUGAUCUGACCUUGCAAGUGGUAACGUAUGCUGCCUUGGAAUCGAACAACAGUCAACAACUUGCAAAGGAUAUGGAAGUGUCAAUGAAAGCAAAAACCCCAGAUUCCUCCCUAAUAAAUAACAGAAAUGAACUGAAGCAUUCUGUUUUGAGUAAAACCCAAUUUCAGUGUAAAAAGUGUUUUUAUAAGACAAGAUCUUCCACGGUUCUUACAAGGCACAUAAAACUACGACAUGCACAGGAAUAUCAUUUCCUUUGCAAAGCAUGUAAUCUUUACUCACUCAGUAAGGAAGGAAUGGAGAAGCAUAUCAAAAGAAGCAAGCACCUUGAAAAUGCCAGGAAAAAUAAUAUAGGAUUGCGUUUUGAGGAAUGUAUUGAAAAGGUCUGUGUUGGUGUUGGUGGUAUUAAAAGAGUGAUGGAGCCUUCCAUUUCUGGGAGUGUGAAUACUGAGUUAGAUAAGGAAAUUAUACAUGUCUCUUCCUCUACUAUGGAAAACAUAUCAAGAAAUAAGGAAUGGGUUCCAGCUGAUGAAAGAAUUGGUGAAAAUGAAUUGGUUUUAGCUAAUGCACCAAGAAGAGGGAGACCCAAAGGCACUAUUUCUAGGACAUGCACCCAUUGUGGUCUUUUGGCCUCCAGUGUUACAAAUUUGACUGUUCACAUCAGACGAAAGCACAGUCAUCAAUACAGCUAUUUGUGUAAGGUUUGCAAUUAUUAUACUGUAACCAAAGGAGAUAUGGAACGUCACUGUGCCACUAAAAAACACAGAGGUCGUGUUGAAAUAGAAGGACAUGGAAAACAGAACUCAGAGAUCAUUGUUAGCCCUGAAGGAGGUAAUUUUGAAUCCAUAAGCAAGAAGGUUAAUAACCGCACAACUGUUCUGUAUGAACACGUUGAGGAUAGUAGCCAGUCAUCAGAUCCGGAAAAUUUUGUCAUAGAAAGUCAGGAAGUUGACCAAGGAAACUCCGAGAUAAAAGCUGAAAAUGCCCAUCGGCUACCAGCUCUGGAACAUACUCAAAGUUCUUUAAAUAUAAAACAACGUAUAUUUUUGGAACCAGCUAGGGUUACCCAGGAUGGUGACCCAUGCUUCCAGAGAAGAACAGUGGGGGGAAACGACAAGUGUAUACACUGCAACUUCAUUGCUCAUUCUGCUGCUUCUUUAGAGCUGCACGUAAAACGAAAGCAUACAAAACAAUUUGAAUACUACUGUAUGGCUUGUGACUACUAUGCGGUUACUCGCAGAGAGAUGAUUCGGCAUGCAGCAACAGAGAAACACAAAAUUAGAAGAGAAACUUACGUUUAUUCUGCCUCUGGGGAGGAUGCAGACACAGCAAAUAUCACUAAAGAAGCCGCUGCUUUGCCUCAAGAGGAGCAUCAUCGUGGUGCAGGAGAUUUAGAAACUGUUUUAGGUGAAAAAAAAUAUGCCAAAGAUGCAGCAAAAGGUGAUCACAUGAGUAAAAGCUUAACUGAGUGUUCUGUCCUAGAUGAAAAUGCAUCUCCAGAAACCCUUAAAGAAGGCAGUUCCCAGAAUACAAUAGAAGCUGAACCUGAAGAGAAAUCUAAAAAUGAAGGCGAAAAUCGUUCCUGUGAAGCAUUCCAGAAAGCUCCUCAGAGAGACAAAGUUGCUAAGCUUGAUAAGGAGGUAUCAGUUAAAGAAGCAGGUACUAAUGAGUUGCAGAAAAGUGGGCAUGGUCAGGAGCUGCUCAACUCAGAUAACCAUGGCACUGCAGCAGAUCAAAAUAGAUCAAGUGACACAAAAGUGAAUUCAGGAAAAGGUGAGGAAAGCUUGGAAGCAAAUAGAGAAAACCCUGAAGUAGAAUGUAGAAGCACAGACGUUCUCAAAGAAAUUUCCCUAAAAGAAAAUAAUCCACUUACGCUAACUCUUCCGGAAACAAAUAGUGCAGGAGAGCAAUCAAAUUUUGCUGAAAACAUUGGGGGAAUGGUACAAAAUAUACAUAGUUUAGAGGGUGACAGAAGUUUUGAAGAGGAUCCUACUGGGGAGGAGGAAGAAGCCCUUAUGGAAGCACAACAUGAAGCAGAAGUAACUAUAAAUAACAGUGUUUGGGAGGCAGAUGGCUCAACAGCUGAGGGCAAGCAAGAAAGUAGUAAUGAGGCUUUGGGAACAGUUAUCAGUGCUGAUGAUAAAGGAAAGAUGAUGCAGAAUUUUGGCAAGUUUGAUUCUUCUAUAGUAAGAUUAAAAAGCCAUCCAGGUGGGGAGACUGCUGACCCUUCUGAUGAAGGGCAGAUGUCAGGUGGAGUGAAAGCUAGUGAGCUCACUGCGAAAGCAGACACGUCACCAAGCGGUGUGAAAAAGAAGAAAUUGGAAGGAAUUUCCCUUGGGGAAUCAACACGAAUUCGCUGUGAUGACUGUGGUUUUCUAGCAGAUGGUUUGAGCGGACUAAAUGUUCACAUAGCCAUGAAACAUCCUUCAAAAGAAAAACAUUUUCAUUGUUUACUCUGUGGAAAAUCAUUUUACACAGAAAGCAACCUUCACCAGCACUUGGCCAGUGCCGGGCACCUGCGAAACGAGCAGGCAAGCGUGGAGGAGCUGCCGGAAGGAGGCGCUACCUUUAAAUGUGUUAAGUGCACGGAGCCCUUUGAUUCCGAGCAGAGCUUGUUUCUCCAUAUCAAAGAGCAACACGAAGAACUGUUGCGGGAAGUGAACAAGUACAUUGUGGAAGACACGGAGCAAAUAAACAGAGAGAGGGAAGAGAAUCAAGGCAACAUCUGCAAGUACUGUGGGAAGAUGUGUAGAAGUAGCAAUUCCAUGGCCUUCCUAGCUCACAUUCGUACCCAUACAGGAUCAAAGCCAUUCAAGUGCAAGAUAUGCCACUUUGCAACAGCUCAGCUCGGAGAUGCCAGAAACCAUGUCAAGAGGCACCUCGGGAUGAGGGAAUACAAGUGUCAUGUCUGUGGGGUGGCCUUUGUGAUGAAGAAACAUUUGAAUACUCAUUUACUGGGCAAGCAUGGAGUUGGCACACCCAAAGAAAGGAAAUUUCCGUGUCACCUGUGCGACCGAAGCUUCACAGAGAAGUGGGCACUGAACAACCACAUGAAACUGCACACGGGAGAGAAGCCCUUUAAGUGCACCUGGCCUACCUGCCAUUACUCCUUCCUCACAGCGUCUGCAAUGAAAGACCACUUUAGGACUCACACAGGCGAGAAGUCGUUCCUGUGUGACCUUUGUGGCUUUGCCGGCGGGACACGUCAUGCCCUCACCAAGCAUCGGAGGCAGCACACAGGAGAGAAACCGUUCAAAUGUGAUGAGUGUAACUUCGCUUCCACAACACAAUCGCAUCUGACACGACAUAAGCGUGUCCAUACUGGAGAAAAGCCUUACAGAUGUCCCUGGUGUGACUACAGGUCCAACUGUGCUGAAAAUAUCCGUAAACACAUCUUACAUACAGGAAAGCAUGAAGGAGUAAAAAUGUAUAACUGUCCUAAAUGUGACUAUGGAACGAAUAUUCCAGUGGAGUUUCGUAACCACUUGAAAGAACUGCACCCAGACAUUGAAAAUCCUGAUCUGGCAUAUCUGCAUGCUGGCAUUGUAUCUAAGUCCUAUGAAUGCCGCUUGAAGGGGCAAGGAGCAACCUUUGUGGAAACUACCAGUCCUUUUACUGCAGCAGCACUGGGAGAGGUUUCUCCAGUUAAAGAGAAGGUCUUUCGGAGCAGCAGAAGACAGCCGCAGUCACCUGAACAAGUUCAGCAAGUUAUUAUUAUUCAAGGAUAUGACGGCGAUUUUGCAAUUGAUGCCUCUGUGGAAGAAACAGCUGCAGCUACCCUUCAAACUCUAGCAAUGGCUGGUCAGAUGGCAAGGGUAGUCCAUAUUACAGAAGAUGGGCAAGUUAUAACUACAAAUCAAAAUGGCUCACAUGUGAGCGAUAUGGUUCCAGGGCAGAUACUUACUGAGCAGUUAGCAGAUGGUGCAACACAGGUGGUAGUGGUUGAAGGCUCUGUAGCAGGAACCGAUAUGGAAGAGGCUGUUCCUGUAGAUGCAGUUCCUGACUCCAGUAGUGCUGUACUGCAGCAGAUAAUGAGGCAAGAAGUUUUAGAUGCCUCUGAAGCUACAGUACAUCCUCCAGACUCCUCCUCAGCACUGGAUGCCCUGCUUUGCGCUGUCACAGAGCUGGGUGAAGUGGAAAGCAAAACUGGACUCCUUGACAGAAGCAGGUCUAGUCACAAAGAUUUCUUACAAUUGCCAAAUCCAGAGACACCCAACGUUCCCAGUGACACAGAGGGACAAGAAAUACAGAUGUUCCAUGAAGUUCAAGAGACUCAGGAAGAUACUGAACCUAUGGAAGUAGUGACGCAGGUCGUGCACCCAUCGGCUAUAAUUGCAUCUCAGGAGAGAGCUCAGGCUGCCUUCAAGAAAAUGGUCCAAGGAGUACUACAGUUUGCUGUGUGUGAUACGGCUGCAGCCGACCAGCUGAUGGAAGAAGGUGUCACUCAGGUCAUUGUAAAUGAGGAAGGGACUGUACAUAUGGUAGCUAGAGAAGGCUCUCAGAUAAUUAUGCAGGAAGCUGGUAGGCAUGCGCUCAGCGUCCAAAGCGAACACAUGGAUUUAGUCGAGUCGGAUGGGGAAAUAUCACAGAUUAUUGUCACAGAAGAAAUCGCUCAAGCCAUGGUGCAGGGUUCUGAUGGCAGCUUCUCCGAAGGUGCAACCCACUACAUUGUCACCGAGUUACCACCGGAUAUGCAGGAUGAGCCUGGUGUGUACUCACACACUGUGAUAGAGACGGCAGAGUCCCCAGAGAUUUUGCAGGCUGGUACUGCUCUAAAGGCUAAAGCUUUAUCCCCUGAUAGAGCAGAACAGUUAACGAGCAUGGUCAUUUAUACAGAAGGUGGCUCACAAAUAAUUCAGGGCCAGAGAGAUAAUGAAGUACAAGAAGCAUGAAGAACUGCAUCUCCUAGGCUUGAUGCAGGACAAAGCUGGAAAUUAGCAGACCCAUGGAGGCACCGUAUUCCUGGAACUUCAUUUGUAAAACCUUCUUAAUACAAUAUCCUUCUUGCCAGAUAACUAAUAUGCACACUAUGCGAGGUGCAGGUCAGCUACUAGGAAGAUGUCACAGAAAAGGACAGUACAAUCUUAUUACAAUAGCUCAGAGAAUUAUUACAUGGGAUUACUUUAAAACAAGCAUAUUAGGGCACAAAAGAGGAUAGACAUCCCCCCCCCCCAAAGUAGGUAUUGUUCUGUUCACUAGUUUGCUUGUUUUUUUAAAUGUUGUUUUAUCCCAGAGUAAUUCCCUGCCUUACGUCUUUUUUGCCUAACAUAAUCACAGAAAUGAAAUACUUUCACUUUACAUGUACAUUUCAUGAACAGAUAGAUAAGCAAAAAAUACAAAAACCACGUCACCGCAAUAACAAGGUGAUCGGGUAAGCUUACAUACUUCCUUAGUUUGAAGAGAACAGGUGACAUUUUGCUUUCUGGAAUAUUACUCUAAAAUAUCCCUUUUGAAGAUAUAUCAGAAAAAUAAGUAUUUCUUGCAUCUAAAAAUGAAAUUUUUAAUAGUAGCUUACUACUUUAUGGUUUCAUGUAGGACUUUUCGUACAGAAAAGCUCAAAAAAGCUACACUUCAGAAAAUUCGUGAUACAUAUAUUCAGAAAAAAAAACUUGAUGCCUGUAACUUCCACUUAAUUUUAGAUGGGAGUCCUGCAUAACAAGUGUGCAUUUUUGGAAAAAAAAAUUGUCACUGUCAGUGUUUUGCUUUUCUUAUAAAUAGCGCUUCAUAUAAAUACCAUUUUGCAGUUCAUUUUGUGAACGACUUUUGAAAUGUUAUGGGGGGUUUUUAAAGAAAAUUCUGACAUUGACAUUAACAAGUAGAAAAAAAGGUGACCUUGCAUUUCUUGCUUAGACCAGAACGUCAGUUAUUUAGUUGUGGAUAUACUGCAAUUGUUCAAUGCAAGUUCAUGUUGAAAAGAUUUGUUUCAUGAUACAACUGCUUUUGUUUCUUAAAAAAAAUGUAAAUAUAAAUUGGGAAG